GUAUUCAUAAGAACGAAACUUGAGACAGUUAGACAGCAGAAAAGCAAAAAUGGCAACUACCGUAGACUCGGUUAGGGAAAAAGCCCUUCAAGAUUAUCGAAAAAAGCUCAUAGAGCACAAAGAAGUCGAAUCACGUUUAAAGGAAAUGAGAGAGCAUCUGAAGGACUUAACGAAACAAUAUGAUAAAUCUGAAAGUGACUUAAAAGCCUUACAAAGCGUUGGACAGAUCGUUGGAGAAGUAUUAAAACAACUUACAGAAGAAAAAUUUAUAGUAAAAGCAACGAAUGGUCCACGUUAUGUUGUUGGCUGUCGACGUCAACUUGAUAAAAAUAAGCUGAAAUCUGGAACGCGAGUAGCUCUCGAUAUGACUACUCUUACUAUAAUGCGUUAUUUACCGCGUGAGGUCGAUCCACUGGUUUAUAACAUGUCACAUGAAAACCCUGGUGACGUCACUUACGGCGCGAUUGGUGGUUUGAGUGAACAGAUACGUGAGUUAAGAGAAGUUAUAGAACUGCCGUUAUUAAGCCCUGAAUUGUUCCAACGAGUGGGAAUAACGCCUCCAAAGGGAUGUCUUUUAUACGGCCCGCCAGGAACUGGGAAAACGUUGUUGGCUAGGGCAGUUGCUAGCCAGUUAGAUGCGAACUUCCUAAAAGUUGUGUCGAGUGCUAUCGUUGACAAAUAUAUUGGUGAAUCGGCAAGAUUAAUUAGAGAAAUGUUCAAUUAUGCGCGAGAUCAUCAGCCUUGUAUCAUAUUUAUGGAUGAGAUCGAUGCUAUUGGUGGACGUAGAUUUUCGGAAGGUACAAGUGCCGAUCGAGAAAUUCAAAGGACAUUAAUGGAAUUAUUGAAUCAAAUGGAUGGCUUCGAUUCAUUGGGUCAAGUUAAAAUGAUAAUGGCCACGAACAGACCAGACACAUUAGAUCCAGCCUUGUUACGGCCGGGUAGACUGGACAGAAAAAUUGAAAUUCCGCUGCCUAAUGAGCAAGCGCGUUUAGAAAUUUUAAAAAUCCAUGCUGCCCCUGUAUCUAAACAUGGAGAGAUCGAUUAUGAAGCAGUGGUUAAACUUUCUGAUGGAUUCAACGGUGCCGACUUAAGGAACGUUUGUACCGAAGCAGGAUUGUUUGCAAUAAGAUUAGAAAGGGAAUAUGUGAUACAGGAAGAUUUUAUGAAAGCAGUGAGAAAAGUCUCUGAUAAUAAGAAACUUGAAUCCAAGUUAGAUUACAAGCCCGUUUAAUUAACAUGCGUACAUUGAUUAUAUCGAAUUUUAAAUUCAGUUCAUUCGCUAAACAGUGUAUGGGUUAAUAAAACCAAUGUAUUGUACUGUAA